UCUCACGGACAUGGCGGAGCCACCUCCACCCUCAACGCCCAUGCCAAAGUCAUCGUCGCGGGCGCGGGCGCGGCACCACCACGCGCCGCCGGGCCUCUGCACCCUGCCCACCUUCUCCUACAACGCCCACCGCGGCCUCGUGCUCGGGCUCACCUUCCUCGCCUACGCCCUCUACCACGCCUCCCGCAAGCCACCCAGCAUCGUGAAGCGCGCGCUCUCCAAGUCUUGGCCGCCCUUCCACGACCCCGCCCUCCUCGGCGAGACCGACGUCGCGUUCCUCGCCUUCUACUCCCUCGGCAUGUUCGGCGCCGGCCACCUCGGCGAUCGCCUCGAUCUCCGCCUCUUCCUCGCCGCCGGAAUGGUCGGGAGCGGCGCCGCCGUCGCCUUCUUCGGCGCCGGAUACUUCCUCUCUCUGCACUCCCUCGUGUUCUACGUCUUCGCCCAGGCAAUCGCGGGCCUGCUCCAGUCCACCGGCUGGCCCUCGGUCGUUGCCAUCGUCGGCAAUUGGUUCGGCGGCCGGAGACGCGGCCUCAUAAUGGGCAUAUGGAACGCGCACACCUCCGUCGGAAACAUGAGCGGCUCGAUCAUCGCCGCCGCCGUGCUGCGAUACGGGUGGGGCUGGUCGUUUGUGGUCCCGGGCGGGCUCAUGGCGCUCGGUGGCGUUCUCGUGUUUUUCUUCCUAGCGCCUUACCCGGAGGAUGUUGGCUUCGCUUCGUGGCCCCCCAAGCAGGCCAGUGGAGCGAGCACCGACGAGGAGGACAGCAGCACCAGCACGGCCGGUGGCGCCGGGGAAGAGGACAGGAGGGAUGCCGUAGGGAUUUUGAAGGCAUUUUCUAUCCCGGGGGUGCUCACCUUCGCGACCUGCCUCUUCUUUGCGAAGCUGGUCGCCUACACCUUCUUGUACUGGCUCCCCUUCUACUUGACCCAAACUGCUAUUGGAGGCAAGUACAUGUCGGUCACGGGUGCUGGUUAUCUAUCAGUUUUGUUUGAUGUAGGAGGAAUCAUUGGUGGAAUUCUCGCUGGGUUCAUGUCUGAUCAGCUCGAUGCCAGGGCCACUACUGCAGCAAUGUUUAUGUACCUGGCAAUUCCAUCUCUUUACGCCUUUCAUGCAUAUGGCAGUACUUCAAAAGUGACAAAUAUUGCCCUGAUGAUGAUCAGUGGCUUGUUUGUCAAUGGACCUUAUGCUCUGAUAACAACUGCAGUUUCUGCUGAUCUGGGGACUCACAAAUCUCUCAAAGGAGAUUCCCGUGCGUUGGCCACUGUCACAGCAAUCAUAGACGGGACAGGAUCGCUUGGUGCUGCCUUGGGGCCAUUUGUGACGGGCUUCAUCUCAAAAACUGGAUGGGAUUCAGUGUUCAUAAUGCUUAUACUUUGUGCAUUGAUUGCCGGUGCGUGUUUGUCAGGUCUUGUGAAAUCAGAGAUUCAGCAGAUUAUGCAAAACUGGAGGAAUCGCUCAAGUAACACGCCGAAUGGAACUGCAGAUCCUGGUGCUCAACCACUUUUAGAGGGGAGUAGUUGAGGGCGAGGCAGUUUUGGCGCAGGUGUGGUGGGAAUGUGGUAUACAUUUUUGUAAUGUUGUCAUAGUUGAGGAAGGCAUUCAAUAUGUUGGUGCUGAAGAUGAUACCACGCAAAUAUGGUUGAGAUAGCAUCUGUUGUCUUCUCUUUGCCGCAGGAUAGUAUAGUAUAUACUGUAACAUCUUGUAAUGUAUCAAUCUACUGUAGGAUCCCUGUCCUUUCUCAUAGAUGAAGAUGAAAGUGUCAAAUGACUUCCAAGUCUGAAGUAAGUCUGAACUCUUGCCAUUUUUUAUGCAUGGUGUUUGCACUGUAUAUAUUUUUACUGUCAAUGUUGGCUGAAUAGUAUCUGUGGCGAAAACUUUGAAUCAGCAUCAGUAUCUCUUUUUUUGUGU